GGGCCGGGGUCGCCGGGCCGCCGCCGCGGGCCGCCCUCCCCCGCCCCGCCGCCCCGCCGGCCCGGCCGAGCGGCCCCGGGUAAGAUGGCCGCCGUUGCCAUGGCACCCAACCCGGUGCAGACCCUGCAGGAGGAGGCGGUGUGCGCCAUCUGCCUGGACUACUUCACGGACCCCGUGUCCAUCGGCUGCGGCCACAACUUCUGCCGCGUGUGCGUGACCCAGCUGUGGGGAGGCGAGGAGGAGGAGGAGGACGAGGAGGAGGAGCGCGACGAGCUGGAGCGCGAGGAGGAGGAAGAGGAGGAGGCCGAGGAGGAGGAGGAAGAGGAGGUGGAGGCGGUGGGCGCGGGCGGCGGCGGCUGGGACACGCCGAUGCGCGACGAGGACUACGAGGGCGACAUGGACGAGGAGGCGGAGGAGGAGGAGGAGGAGGGCGUGUUCUGGACCGGCGGGCUCGGCGGUGCGGGCUGGGACCACAUGGACUACGUGUGGGAGGAGGAGGAGGAGGACGACGAGGAGGACCUGGACUACUACCUGGGCGGCAUGGACGAGGAGCUGCCUGACGAGGAGGAGGAGGAGGAGGUGCUGGACGAGGACGAGGACGAGGAGCUGGCGCCGGCCACGCCGCUGCCGCCGCCGCCGCCGCCCGCCGCCGCGCCGCGCCGCUGCUUCACCUGCCCGCAGUGCCGCAAGAGCUUCCCGCGCCGCAGCUUCCGCCCCAACCUGCAGCUGGCCAACAUGGUGCAGGUCAUCCGCCAGAUGCACCCGAGCCCCGGCGGCCGGCCGAGCCGCGCCACCGAGCAGGGCGUCUGCCCCAAGCACCAGGAGGCCCUGAAGCUCUUCUGCGAGGUGGACGAGGAGGCCAUCUGCGUGGUGUGCCGGGAGUCCCGGGCGCACAAGCAGCACAGCGUCGUGCCGCUGGAGGAGGUGGUGCAGGAGUACAAGGCCAAACUGCAGGGACACGUGGAGCCACUGAGGAAGCACCUGGAGGCAGUGCAGAAGCUGAAGGCCAAGGAGGAGCGACGGGUGACAGAGCUGAAGAGCCAGAUGAAGUCCGAGCUGGCAGCAGUGGCCUCGGAGUUUGGGCGGCUGACACGGUUCCUGGCUGAAGAGCAGGCCGGGCUGGAGCGGCGACUCCGGGACAUGCACGAAGCUCAGCUGGGGCGUGCGGGGGCAGCUGCCAGCCGCCUGAGUGAGCAGGCUGCCCAGCUGAGCCGCCUGCUAGCUGAGGCCCAGGAACGGAGCCAGCAGGGGGGCCUGCGACUGCUACAGGACAUCAAGGAGACGUUCAACAGGUGCGAAGAGGUGCAACGACAGCCCCCUGAGGCCUGGGCUCCGGACCCAUGUCAGCCCCAUAGCCAUGACUUCCUGACAGACGCCAUUGUGAGGAAGAUGAGCCGGAUGUUCUGUCAGGCGGCCCGAGUGGACCUGACACUGGACCCCGACACGGCCCACCCAGCUCUGCUGCUGUCCCCCGACCGCCGGGGUGUCCGCCUGGCCGAGAGGCGGCAGGAGCUCCCGGACCAUCCCAAGUGCUUCUCGGCUGACUGCUGCGUGCUGGGGGCGCAGGGCUUCCGCUCAGGCCGCCACUACUGGGAGGUGGAGGUGGGCGGGCGCCGCGGCUGGGCAGUUGGUGCUGCCCGCGAGUCGGCCCACCACAAGGAGAAGCUGGGCUCCUCUGGGGGUUCGUCGGUGGGCAGCAGUGACGCCGGCUCGUCCUCGCGCCACCACCAGCACCAUCAGCACCACCACCAUCACCACCACCACCGGCGCCGCCGGCUGCACCUGCCCCCGCCGCUGCUCCAGCGGGAGGUGUGGUGUGUGGGCACCCACGGCAAACGCUACCAGGCGCAGAGCUCCACUGAGCAGACGCUGCUGAGCCCCAGCGAGAAGCCGCGGCGCUUCGGUGUCUACCUGGACUACGAGGCUGGGCGCCUGGGCUUCUACAAUGCUGAGACACUGGCGCACGUACACACCUUCUCAGCCGCCUUCCUGGGCGAGCGUGUCUUCCCCUUCUUCCGGGUGCUCGCCAAGGGUACCCGCAUUAAGCUCUGCCCUUGACCCACUUGUGGGGGCCCCUCAGGUCAGCACUUCACUUGGGGGGCGGGUGGUGCUGGAGGGUGGCCCGAAUAUGGGGGCAGGGGACUCUACCCCCCUGCUUAUCGUUGCAUUUUGCUCCCUGCUCCCUCUACCCCAGGCGCCUAGCUUCCCUCUAGGAGCCUAAAGCCACCUCCAGCUCAGCCCUCACCACCCCCGUCUGUCCAACACGUCUGCAUGGGUCCCUGAGAACAGCUGCCUGCCUGUUCCCUGUUCCCCCUUCUGUCCACCUAGGGGUCCAAGUAAGGGAUGAGGGCACUUGGUGAUUCCAGCGGUUCCUUGUCCUCUCACCCACUCUUGAAAAUCUCCACAUUAGUUCUGAGGCUGGAGGAUUCAGGGGCAAAAUCCAUGCCGGCUCCCAUUCAUCUCUUCCGACCUGAGGUUUCUGAAAGGUCAUUUUCAGAUGCAAAUUCCAACUAAAAAGGGCUUUCAAGGGAGCAGGCUGGGCCCAAGGGUAGAGCUGGGUUCUAAGAAAAUGUCUCCUCUGCGGGAAGGAGGGACUCUAAAAAAACUUGCCUUCCAUCCCCCAAAUUUCUACCUCCAUAGACCGGCCAGGACUUGUUUUCCGGGAGAGAUCUGGAAUACCCUGUGUCAUCACCCAAUAAAUUAUUUUCUCCCCCUCCUCUUUUCCAGUACUCCGAGCUAAGCUCAUGCCUGCCCCAGGCCUCCUUCAGGCUCCUUCCCUCGUGCCACCUCUCUGCAGGUCUCUAGUCCUCCAUCUGCUUUCCCCUGACUGGAGCUUGGGACCCAGGGAGAACCUUGGGUAUAAUCUAUUUUUCUAGGAAACACCUUGCCUUUCUGUCACCUGCGAGCUUUGGCAGCAAGGCCCAGUUUUAUGUUUGAAGAAAAAGGGAAGAUGGGUUGUGUUGUGGAAAUAAAGAUUUAUUUGCUUCUUU